AUAUGAAGCAAAUCUACAUACCUAAAAGGCAUAUUAUUAUUCUGCUGGGAUGUUUCGGAAUGUUGAAUGUGUAUGCCAUGAGAAUCAACCUCAGCGUUGCAAUAGUGGCCAUGACAAAUCAUACAUCUAUUAACCCUCUAAACAACUCUAACAGUCAAGUUUCGGAAUGUUCAAACCUCCUACAAAAUCAAACAACACACGAAGUCAUGAAUUAUAAAGAGCUCAAUGCAGUUAUGCUAAGUCAAAUUCAAGGUGGAAUUGGUGUCACGUGGUGCAUGUGUUGGUUCCUCUUUAUGUAUGAAACACCAGCUUUACAUCCAAGUAUCUCCAAAGAAGAGCUGCUUUAUAUUGAACAAAAUCAAGACGAACCAUCCGAUAAGAAAGUCCCCAUUCCAUGGAAAAAUAUUAUAACAUCUGCACCUGUAUGGGCAUUUGCAUUUGCUAUGGUUGGACACAAUUUUGGAUAUCUCAUGUUGAUGACAGAGUUACCAACGUAUCUCAGCACCAUUCUUCAUUUUAAUUUAGCUGCGAGAGCUUUACAUUGCAUUUCAGGUGGAAUUGGUGUCACGUGGUGCAUUUGUUGGUUCCUCUUUAUGUAUGAAACACCAGCUUUACAUCCAAGUAUCUCCAAAGAAGAGCUGCUUUAUAUUGAACAAAAUCAAGACGAACCAUCCGAUAAGAAAGUCUCCAUUCCAUGGAAAAAUAUAAUAACAUCUGCACCUGUAUGGGCAUUUGCAUUUGCUAUGGUUGGACACAAUUUUGGAUAUCUCAUGUUGAUGACAGAGUUACCAACGUAUCUCAGCACCAUUCUUCAUUUUAAUUUAGCUGCGAAUGGUCUCCUGUCUGCUCUACCUUUUAUUCUACAAUUGUUUGUUUCAUGGAUUGCAUCAUGGGCUGCUGAUAAACUAAGGAAGGCCAACAGGUUUUCCAUCACAGUCAUUCGGAAAUUGUUCAACACCAUUGGUAUGACUGCACCCGCAAUUUGUUUGUUGGCCGUAACGCAGUUGGGAUGUCAGCCCGAACUCAUAGUUGUCCUGUUCACAAUUGGACUUGGUAUUGACGGUUGCAUAUUUUCAGGGUACAAUAUAACUCCUGUGGAUAUGACUCCUAAUUUUUCAGGAACGAUUUAUGGUAUAGCAAACACAAUUGCUAGCUUAUCUGGCUUUAUAGCACCUAUAGUUGUGGGAGUGUUUCUAGAAAGUGGUUCGACGAUGGCAAAUUGGAGUAAAGUUUUCUACACUACAGUGGCUAUUUAUUUCAUAUUUGCCACAACGUUUAUCAUUUUUGCAUCUGGUGACUUGCAACCAUGGAAUUCUGCCAGAGUUGAAUCAAAGAAAGACUGUAAUGUGGAAAAUACCAUGUGCGUAAAGAGUGGAGAUAGCAAUCUAAAGACGCCGUCUGAAACAUUUAAAUGUUGA